AUGGAAACUGCAGCAAUCAAAGUCGAGGUCAACGCAACAGCUAUGACGCAACUAGCUCCGUCGCUAGGGUUGUUAAACUCGGUGAUCAUAACACAAACUCGACAAGUUGAAGAAUUUCACGUAGACAAGAGCGAUGGUGGUCGUAUCAUCUCAUCGGGUCUAGGAUCUUACCCGGAUUCCUCUGUUGACGACCAACAAAUCUUUCUCAGGUUCCAAAACUUGACACGACACAACGUUCAUCAACGUAUCCACAGCCUAUUCCACGAUCAUGACUUGUCCCGGCUCAUAACUGAUCGGAUUGUUACCGCAUCCCAACUGAGAGGCUUGCCGCAACAACGACCUUUGUUCAUUCCGGUAUUCGUCAAAUUCACAAAGAAAGAAUACGUCGUCGUGGCUCCUCCUUCCUCGACGGUGAAAGUAGAUCGGGAUAGUACUUGUGUGAUAUGUCUUGAGACUAUGUCGGAGUCGGAACAAGAGACGAAACCCCUCUGUGAACUUCCUAAUUGUGUGCAUAUGUUUCAUGAAGAUUGUGUCAUCGAGUGGUUGGCUCAACAUGACUCAUGCCCUCUCUGUCGCCGAUCAGUCAAACCUGAAUAA